AUGUCAACCGGCACUGCCGCUGACGCCAACACCGACCCCCAGACGACCGGCCAGUUCGUCGCGGCGCUGGUCACUGGAUGUAUCACCGUAGGAGUCUGCGUGCUCUUCUGGUUGGUCUUCCACUACCGCAAGUCGCUCGUUCGAGUCUUCCAGCCUCGAACCAUCCUCGCGCCCGAAGACAAGAAGCCGCACCCUCUGCCUGGGCAACCUGUAAGCUGGUGGAGGAGAGUCUUCAGCUUGGACGACAGCGAGGUCCUCCAGGCCAACGGACCCGACGCCUACUUCUUCCUCCGCUAUGUCAAGAUCUUUGGCAUUUACAUGCUUGUCCCCUACUUCGUCCUCACCUUUGCCGCUCUCCUGCCCGCUUCCGCCGUCAAGCCGAACAAUAAUCAGAAUGGACUCAACAUGUUUGCUUUCGGAAACGUCCCGGCUGCGAACCUCAACCGACACCUCGCCCACUUCUUCAUCGCCCUCAUCUUGGUCUUCUUCACUCUGUACCUGAUCUGGCAUGAGUACAACCACCUCAUGGACAUCCGUCUGCGCUGGCUCCGCGCCAACAGCCCUAGCCUCAAGUCUCGCACCAUCAUGAUGGUCAGCGUUCCGGAGAGCAUGUACUCUGCCGCGGCUAUCAAGGAGCUCGCCGCUAACGUCGGCCUGAGCAGUGGCGUUGACGACCCUCGCGCCAGCAUGGGCACGGAGGGCGCUGUCGCGCCUCAGGGUACCAUCGCUGAGCCCAAUGCUGGCGGCAGCGCCGUCACCGACGUCUGGCUUUCCAAGAAGGUCAAGCCUCUCGAGAAGGUUUACGACAGCCGCAACAAGGAGUGCACCCGUCUCGAGGGCGGUGUCGGCAAGCUUCUCAAGAAGGCUCUCAAGAAUGAGCGCAAGGGCAAGACUCCCGCCGCAAAGGGGCAGUUCAACGAGGAGAGUGGUUCUCUUCCUGACCGCUACACCUCGCCUGUUUGGAUCAAGGAGAAGAAUGACGAGAUCGAGCGCAUGCGCCAGGAGGAGUACCCCGAUGGAAACGUCGCUUUCGUUCGCUUCCAGACCCAGGACCAGGCUCACUACUUUGCUCGUAAUGUUAAGAAGGGCAACAAGCGCCUCAAGCUGCUCGAGACCUCGAUUGAGAUGUACCCCGACGACAUCAUCUGGAACAACGUUGGUAUCAGCGGCGCCCAGCGCAAGGCGCGCGCUGCUGUCUCGUGGGCCCUCACUAUUGGCCUCAUCAUUGUUUGGGCUAUCCCCGUCGCGUUUGUUGGUAUGGUCUCCAACAUUGAUGCCAUGUGCAAGCAGGCCUCCUGGCUCGCUUGGAUCUGUAAGAUUCCCGGAGCGGCUCUUGGCAUCAUCAAGGGUGUCUUCCCCGCCAUUCUCAUGGCUGUCCUUUACAUGCUCCUGCCUAUCGUCCUUCGCAUGAUGAUCAAGCAGGAGGGUCGCAUCCGCUCCAGCGAAGUCGAGCUCCGCCUCUUCUCACGCUACUGGCUGUUCUGGGUUAUCCACGGUUUCCUCAUCGUCACUCUUGCCUCUGGUCUCAUCUCCGCCCUCUCGGACAUUGGAGGAACCGUGAGCGACAUCCCCGAGAUGCUCUCCUCGAAGCUUCCCAACGCCUCGAUCUACUUCCUCACCUAUGUCCUGACCGCCAACUGGGCCGGUGCCGCCAAAUCGUUCGCCCGCAUCAUGCCCUUCGUCAUGUACCAGCUCCGUGGUGUACUCGCCGGUGGAACCCCUCGCAAGGCCUACCAGCAGAAGUACAAGCUCGACUCGUUCCAGUGGUCGACUGUUUGGCCGACGCUCUGUCUCACCAUUUGUAUCACCAUCGUCUACUCCAUCAUCCAGCCCUUCAUCACGAUCGUCUGUCUCGUUGCCACCCUCAUGCUUUACGCCGGUUACAAGUACGCUCUCAUCUGGACGGCUGCCCAGGACCCCGUUAUGGAGACUGGUGGCCUCUACUACGUCAAGGCUCUCCGCACUGUCUUCGUCUCGCUGUACAUUGAGCUCGUCUGUCUUGCUGCUCUCUUCAUCAUGUCCUCGAGGCCCGACGGCAGCCGCAGCCCUUCCGGCAUGGCGUGCGGCAUCAUUCUUGCUGUUGUCUGCUUCAUCGUCGCCGCUUUCCAGACCUACAUCGACUGGUUCCGCUUCCCCAAGGACCUGAUCUACUAUGGCAUCCCCAAGGGCUCCCGCAUCGGCGGUGGCUCGCAGACCAACCUUGUUGAGGGUGCCUCCAACGCCGACCAGGCGGUCUACGCCGAGGCCAAGGAUAACCUCAAGGAGGAGGAGGCGAUCGCCAGUGGCCAGGAUGAGCUUACCGCUCGCCACCACUUCGACCACCCUGCUCUGUGGAAGCCCCAACCCAUCAUCUGGAACGCCCAGGAUCCGACCGGCCUGGGUCAGUACGAGACGGACUACAUCAACUCUGUUGGCGUCCCUGCGUCGACGGAGUACGCCCACAUGAACGAGAAGGGCGAUGUCGACGUCGACCGCAGCCCGCCCGACGAGGAGUGGCUCGGUGGUGUCUAA